AUGUUGAGCCACUCCUCAUCCAAAUAUGGCACCCAGCUCUCACCCGGUCGAGAGCGCGGAGCUACCCGGUCCGAUACGAAGAGGCUCAUGCUCAACAUCAUCAGCGACAAUGCCCAGAAUCGCCCCGAACGAUCAUGGAUCUUUGUCCCCCGAUCACCCGACCCCAAGAACGGCUGGCAGCCCAUCACCUAUGGCCAGGGUGCCAAGGCGAUAGAUUGGGUAGCACAUAAGAUAUCAACUCAAGCCGGAAAGCCCCCGACCAAAGAGUUUCCCACCAUUGCGUACAUCGGGCCAAACGACAUCCGCUACAUUAUCUUCAUGUUUGCCGCUAUCAAGGCCGGCUAUCAGGCCCUCUUCAUCUCACCUCGAAACUCUCACGAGGGACAGAUGAACCUAUUCGAAAAGACCAACUGCAAGACCAUCUGCUUCGACGCCGCGUUCAAGUCCACAGUGCAGCCUUGGCUCCAGGAGAGGGACAUGAACGCCAUCAUCGUCCUGUCGGCAGACCACUGGUUCAGCUCCGAAGAGGUGACCCCUUUCCCUUACCAAAAGACCUUUGACGAGGCGAAGUGGGACCCCUUUGUCGUGCUUCACACCAGCGGCAGCACCGGGUUACCCAAGCCCGUGAUUUGCCGCCAGGGCAUGAUUGCCAUCAGCGACGCCUAUCACAACCUCCCGAAAUGGAAUGGGACCAAGAUUUGGCUGCAGGCCAUGGCGGAGUCGACCAGCCAAAUCCUUGUACCAAUGCCCCUUUUCCACGCCGCCGGCUUAUACAUGACCAUCAUCUCCUCUCUAUACUGGGAUAGGCCCGUAUACUUCUCCAGUCCCGGCAAACCGCUCACGUCAGAUACGCUCCUGGCCAACCUGGAGUACUGUGAGGCAGAUGCAGUUCUGCUACCGCCCAUCGUUCUCGACGAGAUUAGUCAGUCCGACGACGGAAUCAAGGCGCUUGCCAAGCUGAACGCAGUUACUAGCGUCGGAGGCAAUCUUCCCCAAGAAGUCGGCGAUAAGCUUGUGAGCGGCGGAGUCAAACUCGAGAAUUUAAUAUCAGCUACAGAAUUCACCCCGUUCCCCAUCUACCAGCAAACCAACCGCCAAAUGUGGCACUGGUUCAUCCUCAACUCCGACCUCUUCGGCUGCCAAUGGCGCCCCACCUCCGAACCCGACGUCUUCGAACAAGUCAUCCUCCGCAAGCAACAAGACCCCGGCCUACAAGGCUUCUUCUACACCUUUCCCGAGCUACGCGAGUACAGCACCAAGGACCUCUACAAGCGCCACCCGACCCGGCCCGACCACUGGCUGUAUCAAGGUCGCGCCGACGACAUCAUCGUCUUCUCCAACGGGGAGAAGCUCAACCCCGUCUCCAUCGAGAGCAUCGUCAUGGGCCACCCGGACGUCAAGGGCGCCCUCGUGGUGGGCACCAACGAGUUCCAGCCCGCGCUGCUAGUGGAGCCGCACACGACGCCAACCUCAGACCGCGAGAAACGUGAUUUCAUCGACAGGAUAUGGCCCUGCGUCGUGCAGGCGAACAAGGAGACGGUGGCGCACGGGCAGAUUGGGCGAAAAUUCAUCGCGUUGUCGAAGCCGGACAUGCCGUUUCUCCGCGCGAGCAAAGGCUCGAUUCGGCGAGCGGAAACGGUAAGGAUGUACAAGGACUACAUUGACCAGUUCUACGAGGACGUCGGGCGCGAGGACGUGUCCGACGGAGCCCGUCGCGCUGGAGCCGGAUUCCGAUUUUUCCAAGCGGGCGUCGAUUCCAUGCAAGUCAUCAACGCCUCGCGGCUGCUCAAGUCGAGCCUCGAGGCCGCGGGCGUGGGCGUGUCGGCGGGUGCGGUGGCCACGAGGGUGAUUUACGGGAACCCGACGCCGCGGAGGCUGGCGCGGUAUCUCUACUCCUUGGUGCGGACGGGCCAGACGGGCGAGAAGCAGGACGACGAGCACGAGGUCCAUGCCAUGGAGGCCCUGCUCGACAAGUACACACGGGAUCUCCCACCCGCGCAGGAGGGCAAGGCGCCCGCGGCUGAUAGAGACCAGACGAUUGUCCUCACGGGGUCUACGGGUGCUCUGGGGUCGUAUCUCCUCGAUUAUAUGUGCCGCACGCCCAACGUGAAGCGAAUCAUCUGUCUCAACAGGUCGGAGAAUGCGCGGGAGAGGCAGCGAGAGGCGAGCAAGGCGCGGGGGCUCGGGAUCAAGUUCGACAAGGUCGACUUCUUCCACGCGGAUCUAAGCAAGGCAGACCUAGGUCUCACACAGGACCAAUACGCCAGUAUCCGGGAGACCGUCGACCGCAUCGUCCACAACCAGUGGCCCGUCAACUUCAACAUGCCCGUCGAGUCGUUCGAGCCCCAUAUCCGCGGCGUCCGGCAUCUCGUCGAUCUAAGCGCCAAAGCAAAGAAGCGGGCCUUGAUCACCUUCAUCUCCUCGAUCGGCACCGUGGAUCGAUGGCCGGAGAAAAGGCCCGUACCCGAAGAAUCGAUCAAGGAUUUUAGGGUCAGCUCCAACGGAUACGGCAUGUCGAAGCUGGUGAGCAGCCUGAUUCUCGAGCAGGCGACGGAGAAAUCAGGCAUCCCCACCGAGGUCAUCCGCGUCGGCCAAAUCGGCGGGCCCGUCUCCGACCACGGCGAGUGGAAUAAGCACGAGUGGCUACCGUCCAUCAUCGCGAGUUCGGUGUAUCUAGGCGUGCUCCCGCAGGAUCUCGGCGUCAUGGAAACGGUGGACUGGACGCCCAUCGAGGGCAUCACCAAAAUGGUGCUCGAGCUGUCCGGCAUCAGCAAGCCCCAGUCGCCGGAGGACACGCGGGGGUAUUUCCACGGCGUCAACCCCUCGACGACGACCUGGGGCAGGCUCGCGCCCGCGGUCAAGGAGUUUUACGGGAGCCGGAUCCAGAAACUGGUGCCUUUGGCGGAAUGGGUCGACGAGGUGGAGAAGAGCCAGGCGGUCUCGGACGACGUCACCAAGAACCCGGCCAUCAAGCUGCUCGACUCGUAUCGUGGAAUGUGCGGCACUCCGUCGGCCGGGGCGCGGCAUGUGGAUUUGGAGACGAGGAGAACGACGACGUGCAGUGAGACGUUGAGGAAUAUGCAGCCGGUCACGCCGGCUCUGAUGAGGCACUGGUGUAGCCAAUGGGGUUUCUGA